AUGAUAUGCAGUCUUAAACCGAUCGCUCAGAGGCCUUUGAUGAGUGGAAUUACGCACGAAUUGUGGCGUGAUAAUGUGGCCGAUGAGAAUCUCUCGAAUGGCAAAAUUGAUUCUAUGGAUCAGCCGAAUUUGAACUAUACAUCUUUUGGGAGAUGUUUCAGAGGUCGUGGAAAGGAGAAAUCGGUGCGAGUCAAGGAAUGA